GAAGUUGUUCCUGUUGUGUAUAUGUGUGUACUGCCAGAGAGGGAGGGAGUAUACAAGGUAACAAGGGACAAUAAAUUGAUAUUGAAAUAUUUGAAGGAGCCCAUGUUUUGAUCAAAUAAUUUAGCUAUCGCACUGACGGUUAUUCGCAUAUAUUCUUCGUUUCGUGUAAGUCAGUCAAGUGUCACGCUAACAUCCAGUGACUUUUGUGGAUGUUGUGGGGUUUUAACUAGACCAACAGAAUCUCACUGGCCUCAGGAUGUUUCUGUUCUCCAAAAAGAAGAAACCCAGUGAAGAUUCCAAGAAACGACUUGAGUACCAGCUUUGCUUGGCCAAAGAAGCAGGUGCUGAUGAUAUUCUGGACAUUUCUGCCUGUGAGCUUACUGAGGUUCCCUCCAGUGCCUUCUCAAUAUGUAAAGUGCUCCAGAAGAAAGUGUUAAUUCUUCAUGGAAAUGACCUGAGGUCACUUGUUCCUAAAGGUUGCUGCACUGGUGCCUUAGCAACUUUAAAGGUGUUGGAUCUGCAUGAAAAUAAGCUCACAUCACUUCCUGAUGACAUCGGGCAGCUUUUGUCCUUGCAGGUUCUGAAUGUAGAGAAGAACCACAUAAAACAGCUACCAGACUCUAUAGGGGAUCUACGACAUCUACAGACACUUAAUGUGAAAGGGAACUGCCUUACUGUGAUUCCUGUGUCUGUGGGUCGCAUGAGCAGCCUGCGUACACUGGACAUAAGUGAGAACAGCAUCAAAGAAUUACCCAAAGAACUGGCCAGUGUUCGCACUCUGGAAAGCCUGAUCCUGGAUGCACAGGAUAUGAGCUAUCCACCUGCGUCAGUGUGCAUGGGCGGCACAGAGGAAGUGCAGCGCUACCUCUGCUCAGAGAUGGGUCUGGAUUAUUGCCCUCCAUCCCAGUAUCUUCUGCCUGUGCUGGAGCAUGAUGAAGGGAAGCAGGAGGUGGAUUGUGUUGAUGGUGAGGAGCUGGCCUGGCAGAGCAAAUUCAUGGACUAUGAGAAAAGAAAGGAGCAGAAACAGCUGGAAAAGUUGAACUUUGAAAAAGUUCUUGAAGAGAAGCAGAGAGAACAGACUCAGCUUCUCCUCCUCAACAACUCCCGCAAAGAAGACAUCCUGCUGUCUGUCAAAUUGGAGCAGGAAAGGUUGGAGUUAGGUGUGUCUCAGCAGCAGAAGGCCCAGGAAGCAGAGAGGCUGAAAAUGCUGGAUAAAGUACGUCAGGCAGAGAGCACUGUCAUGGGCCGCAUCUCUGACCUCUUGCUUGAUAACAAACGCCAGGCAAAGAGUGCUGAAUUUCUGCAAGCUCUGGAGGAGGACCGCAUACGAAUGGAACACCUUACCGCCAUCACGCAGGAAGAAGCCAACUCUCUUAGGAAGAAGGAAGUGGCAGGUGCCAUGCAGAGGAUGCUGUCAGAGAGCUGCUAUUUAAGGUUAUUGCAGGAGGCCAGGGAAGCCAAGACACAGAUUCUGGUGUCUGAGACCUGCAGGAGUUUGGACAGUUUGGAUAAGAAAUUUGACCAAGUGUUGUCCCUGCAGCAGCUAGACAAAAGCAAAGCCAUUAGUCAGAUCCUUCAAGAGGAGGAAAUGCAGAAGGCCGCCUUUGAAGCUCUCCAGCUUCAGAAGGACAGUGUGCACGCUUAUAUCCGUAAUCAGAUUAAACUCAUAGAGGCAGAGUUAUUGCAGUUGACAAAGCUGGAGGUUAAGAGGAGGAAUUUGGACACUGAGAACCUGCAGGAGGUGCUGGCUGACCAGAGGACCGCUUUGACUGACCUACUGCAGCAGUUACUCAAACAGAAAGAUCAGAGGGAGGAAGAGCUCAGGCUGGUCUUGAUGGAGCUGGAGCAGAAGAGCGAAUCCAAUCAGCAGAACUACUGGAUGAUUCAAUAUCAGAGGCUCCUGGAUGCUAAACCGCUGUCUUUGCGUAUGCAGGAAGCGGCUGUGGAUAGGGAUCUGGGGAAUAUGCUGUGUAAACUCUCUGCUCAACACUACCUGCCAAUCAUAGCUCACCACCGAAUCACUGCUGAGGCCUUGCGACACAUGACCGCCAAAGACCUUAGGAAGUUGGGCAUCAAUGAGGUUGGCGUGCAGAAAGCUCUUCUCCACUGGGCCAGAGAACGCACUCUGUCUGACCCAUUGCCUAAAACAGCGAAAGAGAUACAGGAAGCUGGUCCAUCCACUCCAAGCGCCCCACUUCAACAGCAGCUCACUCCUCCACUGACCCCCAACACCCCUCUCACCCCCACUGCCCCUGAUAGAUUCAGCAAUUCGGAGUGUGUGGUGUGCAUGGAACGUGAGUCACAUGUGAUCUUCUUGCCGUGUGGGCACGUAUGCUGUUGCCAGACCUGCAGCGAUGCCCUGCAGUCCUGCCCUCUGUGCCGUGCUUCUGUAUCUCAGCGUGUCCGUCUUUACCAUGGCUGAAGCCGGCGAGCGUCCACCAAGUCCUUCUGUGGUCAGGAUCAUACCUCACGUGUCGUUAUUGGUCCUUCCUCCCAUUUGCUGCAUGAAAUAGUAGUCUGUGAACCUUCAAGCACUUUAGAAGUUACUGGAUUUUCUCUUCCACUCCUGCUACAACUAAGCCAAUCAAAGAGGAACAUAAACAGCAAGACAUUUGUUCAAUGGCAAAAAGGUUUAUUGUUUAUCUUAAGCUAGUCACAUUCCAAUAAAUUAACAGUAAGAAUCUAUUUGGUAACGGUUCAUCUAACUAAAAAAAAUAAAUAGAAUAUAUAUACUAAUAUAACGUUUUGAGUCGGAGUAUUGCCCUUGAUGUACAUGCUUAAAGCACUUGUGCCUUUUCUGUAUUUAAUGUCAACCUGCCCCCCCACCAAAUUUUAAAUAUUUGCAUGUUCUCCAUAGUAAAGCUAUAUCUUUAUCCACACAAGACAGUCCCCCCAUGCCUAAUGUUAUUCUAGACUCAUUGUCAUACAGUAGGACCAAAUUGCAUAACCGUUAAGGGCUGUUCGCACUAAGGACAAUAACUAUAAAGAUACAUUUUAACCCCGUAAAAGCCCGAAGUGUCCCGCCGGCGGGACACCACCCCCUGCGAAAAAAUUCAUAAUCAAAUUACAAUGAGUAUAAUUGUUUUGAGUUUUUGUACGUGAAGCCCCGCAAGACCCAUAUGUAAAUAAUAAACCGAUGCAGCAUUUAUGUCACGUUUUGGCUCGUAACUUCAUGAAACAUGCUCCGAUUGUGGAAAACUGGACAUCAUUAUUUACAACAGAUUAACGAUUAAAAUGAGUCCAAAGUCAGCAUAAUCCAGUAAGCUGAUCACGAGAUAUUGAUCAUGCAAUUACAACACAUAAAACCCCACAGGCACACAGAUGCUAACUAAAACUAAAAUGUAGCUUUCAUGUGACAUUUUAGCUUAUAACUUCAUGAAACAUGCAUAGAUUGUAGAAAAUGGCACAUCAUUACUUAUAGUGGAUCCUCCUGAUUGAAAUGAGUCCAAGAUCAACAAAAUCCCAUGCGUUGUUCAUGAGUUAUUCAAUGUGAAAGAACAAUUUUAAAAAAUGCCCAUCAGGGGGUGCCAAUGGAUAAACAAAAAGGCUACCUUGGUUCCAAAUGCUGCAACUUUGGAUUUCUUUAUGUGUUCACCACAAAAUUUGAUCCAGAUACAACUCACAUAUAGAGAAAAAAAUCACCAAAAAAGAAUGAUCUCGCUACCAUAUUUCCUUCAUUUUAAAUUCCAUUUUAAAUGCGUAAGAUAUAUACAUUUUCCUUUUCCUUUUCCAUUUUUUUUUUUUUUUUUUUUUUUUUUGCUGUUUAUUUGAAGUUUCUCAGCAUAAGAAUGUCCAAAUUUAAUUAUUUUUUUAUUUAAAAAUAUAACAAGUUUCCUUUUAAAUGGUACCAACCUUUUAACUCUCCUUGCUACAGUUUUGGAGUUACCGGUCUUUACUUUUUUGUGCGUCACUCAGAAAAUAAAACUCUGAAAAUACCCUCAGGGCUUAAGGGGUUAAUAAUUCUAAUUCUAUGAGAAUAGGAAAGUCCUCACCACAACUAUAACGAUAACAACACAGAUGAAUGAUAUCACUAGAAUCACUUUCAGAACAAUUUUUAUCCCAGGAGGAUAUAAAAUUUUUUAUAGCCAAUCAGAAUCUACCCCAAAUUAAAGAGUGGCAGCUGACAUAACUGCAGCUUGUGCCGUGCUUAUAAUGAACAGAACACCAUCGUCCGUUGGUGUGGAUGCUAAUAUAGUUAUGGUUAUAGUUGUCUUUAUACUUAUUGUUCUUGGUGUGAACGGAACUUUACUCUGCAGUGCCAUCUGAGAGGACCAAUUCAGGGUGUUAAAGUCAUUUUUACAAUUUAAAAUUUUAGUAUAAAUUUCAAUCUUAAUACUUUUUUAUUUUUUAUUUUAAGAUUUAGAGAAUAGAGCCUUCUACAUUUAAAUGGUUUAAACUGACUUGGCAACACUGCAGAAUAGGAAAUAAUAGGUUGAAAGUGAAAUCUUUCUGAAGGCACUGUACUUGCUAUAUAACACUCAAAACAAUCAGCCUCACAAAUGUUCUGCCAGUCCUUUUACUCUGUCAUCUGGCCAGUUUCAGCGACUUCAAGUAUUGCACACACGCAAUAGUGUUUCCUAAAUUACUUCUGUCUUCAUCCAAGUGCUCUUAUAUGCAAUUCUGCUUCUCUCGUCAUAUGUACAGAAUGAAAAAAGAACUUAGUGUGUCUGUAGGUAAAACAAUGUUCAUUUAAUUUUGUAUUCAUUUAUAUUUCAAGAAAUUAUCUUGAAGUGUUUAUUAGCAUAAUAAUUCACAUCAGAACCUUUUAAUCUGUGUGCUUUGUGUGAUUCAGUUAUGCUGUAUGGACUGGACUGGACAAAUAUGUCUUUUAUUGGCUGUGCAGCUCGAAUUGCAUUUGUCAUUAAAGAAAAAAAAGCUGAAAGCUGAAAGAUUUUUUUAGCAGAAUGUGCAAUCAGUACAUGACAGUGUACCAAAAACAAGUAAAAAAACAACUCUUCUAGACCAUAGUAAUAGUAAGAGUUACUGUAUAAACUACCCUCUGAUGGCAGGUUAUUAUUAACUUAUGUAUGCACUGUAGUCCUCCUGCUUUUAUUUUGUUAUAAAAACUGAUAGUUGUGGUCAUUUGAUACUAUACAUAAGGCACCAUACCUGUGAUGACCAAGUGAGAUUGAAUCUCAAUGUUACACUCAUUUACCACAUACAUGCUGCGAUUACAUGUUUUCCUUUGUUGUCUGCAUAUUCAUAAUAUAAUGUAUUCUUUUUUAGCUUUUAUAAUUGUACCCAACCAACCACAUCCAAUGAAAUGGUGCCUGUUCAUUUUUAAGAGUGCGAGUUAUCACGCCUGUCAUACAUCUGCAAAAUAAACCUGCUAAAAUAA